AUGUUACCUAGGUGUAAUACCAUUCAUAUAUAUUGUGAUGGCUCUGUAAAUGGUAAUAAAGCUGGUUGUGGUGUGGUUGUUCGUGAGUAUUAUGAAAAUGAUAUUAGUGUGGAUGCAACGCUGUCUAAGAGGCUUGAAGAUGAAACGUCAUCUACGGCAGCAGAGUUACAUGCUAUACAUGAGGGCCUCAAAAUGGUUGUUAAUAAAAUAAAGGAUAUAUUUGUGUUUGUUGAUUCGCAGAGUGCUUUGCUAGCCUUAAAUAGCAAAACUCCCAGUAGUAGCGAGGUGGUUGUGCUCUGUAAAGGAUUGGUUUGUCGGCUUCAGGAGAAAGGACUGAAUGUAAAGUUCUUUUGGGUUCCAUCUCAUAUUGGUAUUUUAUUAAAUGAAGUUGCUGACAAUCUGGCCAAGGAAGCCACACGAAAGCCUUCCAUUGACAUAGAAACCUCUAUGAGCCUAAAUAGAAUAAAAAGAGGAAUGAGAAUAAAGAGAGAGGUCUGGGGGACAGAAAAGGCUAUAAAGGUUUUGGAAGAGGGCAGAGUCAGUAUGGGGCAUUAUUUGUUUGUCACUGAAAACACUAAAGUUACAUAUGGUAAGGUACUUUCGAAAGUUGAUACUUUUGUUAUGAGAAUGAGGUUGGGGUAUAAUUAUUGUUGGCAAUAUAUGGAUGGUGAUGGUAUACACUGUAGAUUAUGUGGUGCAGCAUACUCGCAUACUCUGCAUCAUUAUAUGUUAGAAUGUGAUAACCUUAGGGAAUUUAGAAAUGUUUCUAUUAAUAAUGUUACUGAGCAAGUUUGUUUUGUCUUGAAUAAUAAUUUCACAAAAAGAAUUGUUAAUAGGUUUCCAAGGUUUUCUUGGAAUAGAUAA